UGUUUUUUUUUUUGUUUGGUGGUUUGAUGUGUACUUGGGCUUGAUAUUUUGCGUGUUUAUGCCGUGUGUGUGCGUUGUUUUGGGGUGAUAAUGUAGUGGAGGCAUAAGCGGAAAAAGAAACCGAUGAGACAGAGAGACAGAGAGUGAGAGGAUGAGGGAUAUGUUGGAGGGAGAUGGAUGCAAUGAUGGUGGACAGUGGUUAGAGGGAGAUGGUGGUAUUUUGGGAGAGGGAGAAAAGGGGAGAUAAAAAAGAAUUAAACAUCAAAUACACGCAAAUAAUUUCAUUUUCUCUCUUUCCCACACUCCCAACUCUAUAUUGCGCGCCUUCUAAUGUUUGUAUGUUGUGUGUGGGAAAAUAUAUGUGCAGACAUCGUCAUUCCAUCUUGAGGCCACUCGAGUAUUUCGAUGAUGUGGUAGUAUCGUUCAGUCAGUUACCGAUCGUCUCAGUGGCAAUACAUAAUAAUUGCGAGUGUUAUUUCUUACGACGCAAAAGGUUUUCAUUACAAUUUCUGAGAAAAAAUAAAAGAAAAGAAGAAGAAGAAAAAUUGUGAAUUGCGGUGAAUUUAUCCCUGUUUUCAACAGUGACAGUUUUUUAAAUGUUAACGAUAACUGCCAAAAAUUCUUUUUCCACAUGGAUUGAUGAUCCAAAAGAGAAUAGUGUCAGACAGACGGUUUUGAAAUUGUUUUUGUUUUACUUUUUCAUCCAAAUGGCCUAAAAUCUGUAAAUUUUGUGAAUGAAUUGAAAGUGUAGGCUGUCUUGUACCUCGUGUAGCCCAAUGCUCCAUAGAGCAUUAUCCGCAAAAUCACAGUGAUUGCAGUGGCAGUCGAUGAGACCGUGUUGUUUGCAUUUGUAACAUUGUUGUCUUAUUGCACUUGUUCGUGAGUGAUUUGCAGUGUGUUUUUUUUAAAGUUAAUGCAACACGUGCUACUCCCCAAUCAAGUGCUAAAAAGGAGAGCUUAAAGGCAUCACAUUGUCAAGUGGUCCUACUUCUUGCAGUGCUAUCAGUGGCUAAUUAAUGUUUCACAUGUGACAAUUAUUGUGGAACAUUGAAGUUUUCCCCACGGAAAAUUCUCAGUUUUUCUCUUUUUUGCAAACGAAAAAAAGUGUUUUCAUAGGCAGUGAAAAGUGAAGAGAAAAAGGCGAAAAAUCCAAAAAAGCUUUGAAGAAAAAUUCAUAAUUUUUUUUCGUGUUUAUUUUAUUAACAUACAACACACGAAAAACCUAUAAAUAUUUUUUCUACAAUUUUUUUUUUCGUGGAAAAAAAAAGAAGAAAAGCCACAGAAAGAAAAAGAAACUAAUUUAUGUGUGUUUCAUUGAAAAUUUGUUAUUCUGAUUCACCAAAAGCCAGUCAGAAGUUCUCAGAGAGGGGCUUUUUUUUAAAACUAAGUGUUGAUUCUAACCCUUGAGGGCUUAGGGUUACCCCUGUAUUUUUAAAAGUGCUCAAUAUGGGAUUUGUGAAGGUGUCAAGUCCAUCUGAGUGAAAAUCUGAAGUGAAAAAUCAACUUACCUUCGUGUUAGUGGAUCCAAAAGUCCAGUAAAACCAACAACAAAGUGAAGAAGCAGUGAAGAGAAAUAAAUAAAUAAAAAAGUAAAGUGAUAAACCACAGUGAAUCUUCACCUGGAUCCCAUUUUAAAUUUGCAACACAAAUCAAAGUGGUAGCCACGACCGCAUUCGUAUCGACAGGUUCUCAUGGGCCACCGUGGCGGAAACUCACCGCCGCGAUGUCCACGUCCUUUCAGAACAGAAUGUCGACGCUGGUGGCGUCGACAGCGGCUAGUGCUCUGUCAUCAUCAUCAUCACCAAUGACGGCCUCAACGAAUGAUCCAAAGGCCAAUGCCGGCAUCGUCCUUCAGGGCUACUAUCGUAAGCUCAAGACGAUGAAAAAGAAGUACUUUGUGCUGUACAGUGAUACAAAAGAACGUUCGGCACGCCUUGAGUACUAUGACAGUGAGAAGAAGUUUAAGACGAAUUUUGGCCAUCCCAAGCGCACAAUAGUUCUGCGCACGUGCUUCAAUAUCAAUCGACGCACGGAUACGAAGCACAAAUGGGUGGUGGCCCUCUAUACCAAGGAUGACUGUUUCUGCAUUGUCUUUGACAAUGAGCAGGAUCUCAACACGUGGCUGAGGAACCUGCUGGCGCAGCAGCGCGGAGAUGAUUCAACGGGUGACCCACCGAGGCCCAAUUUCGAGCACACGUGGUCGGUUCAAGUUCAACGCAAGGGUCUGGCUGAGGAUAAAGGCAUUAUUGGUAACUACCAUUUGUGCCUCACGGAAAAAUCCCUGACGCUGGUGCGUGUGGGAUCAGCUACAACUGUGACUGGAGACCACAGGCUGGGCAGUGUUGAAUUCCUCCUCACCACAAUCCGACGGUGUGGCAACACCCAAUGCUUCUUCUACAUGGAAGUUGGACGGCACAGUGCAAUUGGGGCUGGGGAGCUCUGGAUGGAAACACAGGAUCCCUUCAUAGCUGAGAAUAUGCACCAAACAAUUAUCAGUGCAUCGGCCAGCUGCAAGAACCGUGAAGACUACAUGGGUCCGGUGAGGCCUCGUUCCUCCUCGGCCAAUGAAGCAUCCAAGCCUAUUUCAAUGACCAUGCGACGUCAAACACAUGUUGGUCAGAAACCAAUGAAUUUUUCACCAUCGGGUGAAAGUCCACCAGCCAAUGCGUCUACUUUUAGUACAUGUAGUUCAGCUUGCACAGUUGUUCAGGCCCCGAAUUUCAAAAGUGCACAACAGGACACUUUUUCAUGCCACGAUGGAGGCAGUCCAGAUAAGAAUCCUCUGACCUGUAGUCACGAGGAGGACAUGAUCCUAAGUCAACAUGAUGCGGCGGUUGCGGCGUCCACAUCAUGCCAUCAAAGGGCACUGUCGUUGCCAUGUGCAGCGGCAGUGCUCAAUGCCGCUCCGUCCUCAUCCUCUGUCACAGCAUCUGCAUCAUCUAAGGUGUCAGGCAUUCAGCCGGUGCACCAGAGGACAAGAUCCCUGCCACUGACUGAGGAGACGGCCAUCGUUGUGCCGAUGCCAAGGCCAGAAACUCGCGUUGUCAAUUGCUCCUGUCCCACGGAUGGGGCUCCAAAUUCCCUCUGUACCCACAGAAUUCCACAUGGAGCCACACCCGUGGGUAUUGAUGGGGUCCAUAUGAACAACAAUCACUUGCCACCGGCUGGAUGUCCGGGUGGCAAUUGUCCAGAAAUGAACAAUAAUCGCGAUCAUCAGCUGAUACUCCAUCAUCAUCUUCACCAUCAUCACCAAAUGUCCACGACAAGUAUGGAGAGUAUUGUGGAGGAUCAGGCAUUGGCCAGUGAGGCCAGUGAGGAGAAAAUUGUGAAGAAUCUUGCACCAAGGAAGAUCAGUACGGGAAAAUUCCCCGGAGCUUCGGCCUCAUUCUCAGGGGGAUCACCUCUGUUGAUACGACGGGCAAGAAAUAGUAAUUCGACGAGGAGUUCAGCCAUGAAGAGGGAGCGAUGUGACAGUCUCCCGUCGCGAAAUCGCGCCAUUAGCGAGAGUAGCCAGCAGAACAACACGUCGAUGCCACCACCGAGGUCGAUUCCCUCCAAUCGACCUCACUCCAUGUACAACAGGCACAGUAACAGUCCUCCGGUCAACUCAUGCCCGCUGAGUCCGUCUGGGGCCUGCUCCGAGAGCGACGGAUCCUCGCUCAGCAUCGAUGAGACUGACGGCUUUGGGCAAUCGCUCACGCCGGACGAAUAUGGCCAUCACUUCCAGCGAUACAUGGGCGGAAUGUCCCAGGAAUCAGCGAUAUUGGAAGAGAAUUCCGAUGACUACUGGAACAGUGACAAAAAGAUACACACCACAUACGAUCGUAGUCACAGGUUUGGAGAGAAGGGUAUCAGUCAGAAUGGUACAUCCCUUUCUUUGCCAAUUACCCAGAGUCAGGGCCAGAGAAAGGGUAGUCCUGCACCACCUGUGGGUUCAGUUGAAGGUCGCAGCAGCUACAUCGAGAUGUACAGUCCGUGUGGGAGUUCCCCAGGGGAUCCCACAGGUUCUUCAGGUUACCUUCCAAUGUCCCCUGGUGUGGACUUUGGACGAGGUGUUUAUACAGGGAGCUCAGGUGUGCACAGUCGUGCUUCGAGCCUGGCAGAGGAAGGAGUCGAUGGGGGAUCGCAAAAUGAUCAGUACGUGGAUAUGGAUGCAUCACAUCGACAUCAGGGACUGAGUGGAAUGAGUUCAGCUGCAUCAAGUUCCAGCAUUACAUCGGGAACUCCGUCGACAGACACAAGAUUUGCGGAUUAUCCAUUGGAAAAGGUUUUUGCGAGGUUUACACCCGAUGAGGAGGAUAAUACAUCAGCAGAUCGACCCAUCAGGGCAUAUUCUGUGGGUAGCCGAAUAGAGCACAAUAAGAGAAAAUUUCGGAUUGAUCUUCUGAAUACAGAUAAUUCGAGCCUGAGGGCUCGUGCCUUCUCUCUCGGUUCUCGUGCCAAAGUUCCACGUUCGGAGCAGUACAAGGGUGGUUUGCAUGCUCAAUCCACCAUUGUCCAGACCAAUCGAGCCAAUAACAAUGGCUCAGGAAAGGGUGGAAAGAAGUCCUCCAGUGCUCCAAUGCUGGACAAAAGAACAAAUCAAGAGUUAAUGGAUGACUUUAUGGAGAUUGACUUCUCGCGGGGCGAUGAAGAUACUCCAACUUCCACAAUGCCAAUGCCCGUACCCACAUCCCAAUCCUCAGAAUCCUGCAAUUUUAACAAUGAGGGAUUCACGAGGACAUCAACAGAUAACACAGAUGGUUAUGUGGAAAUGAAACCUGUUGCUGUAACCAAGAGUCCCAGUCUCUCAAGUUCCCCAGUGAAGUCAUACAUGUCUCCUCGAACGGUACCACUGAGGUCUCUGGCCAAGAACAACAACAAUGUGGAAAUGUCUCCGGUUAUGGGACGAGGAGCUCCCAGUGGAUCAGUGCUCGCCACAUCCCCAAAGACAUCCACAACAUCCGAUGACUACCUCAAUAUGAGUCCAGUGGAGGGAAUUCAUGAGAAAAUGGAUGUAGAUAUGCCAAGAAUGUCAAGUGCACCUGAAGGCUACAUCGAGAUGUCCUGGCCAAAGAACAGCAAAACAGUGAACAACAAUACAAUCCCAGAGAAGCCGGCUUCUGACGAAUACAUCAACAUGAGCUUCCAAGGGGCAAGGAGGAAUACCAAGAAAGAGGCAGGAACUCAGAGAAUGACCUCCAUGCCCAUUGCUAUUCAGCAGGGGAAGCAAACACUGUAUACAGGGAGAAGUUCACUUACAGGCAAAAGUGAAAGUCAACAGUCUUUCCUACCACUGUCAAGUGGUCCAACAACACAACCUCCAGCUCAUAGGUCCGAAUCCAAGGAUAGUGGAAUUGUUACGCCAACAGGCUCCAAUGCUGCCAUCUUCCCCUUCAGCCCUAGCAGUCCCAUGAAACCAUUCCAGCAUACAGAACCCCGUAAAUGCUUAAUAGAUGGCACAAGUGGCACUCUAAUGCUAGCCGAGGAAGAAGUUUCUCACGGUAGUAGCGGAGUAGCUACUCCAACAACUCCUGUUCCCAUGGAUGCAGAGGAAUCCAUGGGGAAGGUAGGAGUGAGAAAGUGCCACGCUGAAGAGAUGCUGGAAAAUAGGUAUGUGGAUUCAGUGGCUCAACAGACCAAAAUCCGAAGACUGUCAAUGGAGGUUCCGGACUAUGUCAACUGCACACCAGUUGGUGUCCGGAAGAUCACUCCAUCUGUCUCACCGCUGAGGAAUAGUGCUGAAGAUGUUGCUGGUGAUUAUGUUUUGAUGAGACCAGCAACUACAGUUGAGAGGAUACCCAAGAAAACCCCAUUGAGCAACAAUUCCAGUCAGAUUUCACUGAAUAACUUUGAGGGAUUCAUCCCAAUUGCUCAAGCUGAGGAGGAGGCAUCCAGGGAGGAUAAAGUUGUGAGUCCUCGAAGCGCAAAUCCAUCUUCCCUGAAGCGUCCUUUCUGGUACGGUAAGGAAUCUGAUGCUUCUUUUGACUCUCUGCGUGUUGCAUCGAGGCCAAAUUCGGUGAAUAGUGACAAGAUCACAUCGAAGAUCUCCAGUUUGAGUCUCAAUCGUCCAAAUUCUGCAAAUAGCGACCACGUGCCACCUAUUUCGUCUUCCUCCUCCGCUUCAACACUGUGCGGCUCAUCGUCAUCCUCCAGUACACUCUGCGGCAGCAAGAGUCCCUCCAGUGCCACACUUAUGCGUCCUCAGUCCUUUACGGAGUCCACCUCAAGGCCGGAUUCUGUCACAGAUGCUACAUCGAGGCCGCCAUCGGUGACGUCUGAGCGAGAGCUUCACUAUGCCAGUCUCGAUCUGCCACCGUGCAGUGCAAAUGCUGGCAGUCAGGUGGCACCACUGGCACGUCAAGAAGCCACAGAACUGUCAUCAUCGAGUGCCAGCUCGAAGAACAAUUCCCUUUCCGGUGACUCAUCGGCCAGUCCCAGCCCCAAUGCUGCUCCUGCGGGGGCUACCCAAGUGCCGGCUGUCGCCUUCAACUAUGCUCAAAUAGACUUCACGAAAUGUGAAAACGCCAAGGCCACUACACCAAAUUGAAAGACAAGGUAAAAGAACACAACUUUUAUUUACUCUACAUACUCUUAUAAAACUUAAAUCGUGCAUAUAAUAUUCCUCAAAUGAAUAUAUAAUGAAGAAGAAGAAGAUAUCUCAAAAAAAAAACACCCACGAAUACUGCCAGAUUACUUUAAAAACUAAAAAAGAAAAAUGAAAAGAAACAAUUAUAGAAAGAAAAUCAAGAGAUAAUGAUGAACUAAGAAUAAUCCAAAGGAAUAUCGUAGAUGAGAAAAUCAACUAUCCACUCCACAUAGAUUAUAGUGAAAGAGAGAGAGAGAGAUAGAGGUAUAAAAUCUUUUAAUUAAAAUAUUUUGUAGACUUCCCCACGCCCCUUUAAGAAAAAAAACAUAAAAAAGGAAAAAUAGCAUAGAACUAAACGAAUGGUCAAAAUGACAAGACUCAAUAUUCCUCCUCUUUUUUUAAACUUAAAUAUUUAAAAAAAAAUGAAAAAAAUAUUUAUUUUCACAGUUUAUACAAUAUUUUUGUUAUUUUUUAUGUUUCUCUGAUUUACACAAUUUUUUUUUGUUUGCAAAUAUGAAAAAAUUCCUCUCGUAAAGUCACUGCAGAGGGAAAAAAGAAAGUAAAAUCAAUUUUCCCGCCGCCAUCUUCCUAUUUACUUUAUCCCUCAAAUUGUUCAUUUAUUAUUUUUUUGUUGUUGUACAAAGAUUAGAGAGCAUCCAAUCAAUUGCUGAAUAAAGCUUAUAAAAAAAGAUAUUUUGACAGGAGAUUUUUUGACAGGUAGACAAUUUACACAAAACGCCAAAAAAUUUGACGUCCGAUCAACUUUUUUGAGUGGGAAUUUUUUUAAAAAAUUGAGCGACAAACAGCAUUUGUGGAUUCCUUUAACUCACAAGACUGCCAUUUAUGUAGAAGAAUUUUCAAGAGAAAAAAAACAACAAGUAAGGUUACAUAAGAUCACAAGGAAGUAGAAAGAGAGGUUAGAAAUAAUUAUAAAUUGAAAAUAGUUUUACUUUAUCACAAUUUUUCUAGAAAAAAAGAAGAAGUAACAUGGUUCACAGCCAAUAGAAAGAUUUUUUUUGAUAGGAGAGAAAAAGAGAGAUAAAAGAUUUGACAGCAGAAGGAAACUGACAGGUUUUUCUUUGACAGCUGACUUUUGGAGAGUGUGAAGUUGGAAGAAUAUCAAAUUGGAAUGGACUUCUAACCAAAGAUUCACUCCCAAAAGUUUUCUUUUAGUACGAAUUGCUAGUUCUUUUUUUUCUUUAUUUUUCUCUAAAGAAAUAUUUUUCUUUUCUGUUGAUUUUUUUUAGGAUUUAGUCGGAUUUGUUCUUUUUGUUUUUCUUCACAAAAACAAAACAAUUUUUGUUUUCUUGUGAAUGAAAAAAAUAAAAGAAAUGAUUAAGGAAAUACAAGGAUUAAGUAAUAGAAGAAUAACGUGGAAAAAAACUUCAGCUAUAGCUUUAAUUUUCUUUCAAUGCUUUAAAAAAUCAUUAUAAUUAAUUGAAUAUUUAAAGAAAAAAUGGUAAAUUUAUAAAUAAUUGCGUAAUUGUAAAUUAAUUCUAAGAUGAAUCAUUUUUUUUUAAUUUUUUCUUAGUAAUAUUACCAUAAAUAGAAAUUGUUUAGUGGAAAAUAAUGUGGAAUUGUAGGAAAAAGGGUUUUUUUUUGUCAUAAUGCGUAGGUGCACUUUUAGAGGUUUUUUUUUGCUUAGUUUAAACACCAAAAAAUAAAUAAAAUUUCUACGGAAAAUUUAUUUAUUCUGCCGCGAAAUGAAAUCCAAAAAAAUAUUAUCAAUAGCCAAGAAAAUAAAUCCAUAAAUUGACUGAUUAAAAGUAAAGUUGAAAGGAGGUAAUUUAAAAGAAAAAAGUUACAGCAAAAAUGCACGAGAUUGAGGAGAAUAACUUUUAAAAAAAUAAAAAUGUAAAUAAUGGGCAGAAUAGCUGAGAAAUCGCGAGAAUAUAGAGAAUUAUAAGAGGAGAAUUUCCAACCAAUUAAUUACAAUUCAAAGUGUUCGAUAAAGUGGCUAUUAACAAAGAGACUAAUUCGAAUUGAUUUAAAAUAAAACAACAAUUAAAUAAAAAAAUAAGAAGGAGAGGAAAAUAGUGUAAAAAGUAGUAGUAGUAAUCUAAAAGUAAAAUGGUAAAAUAUUAAACUUAAGACGUAAAAGAAAAAGGAUUUAAAAUUGUAAAAAGAAAAAUCAUGUAGGAAAUGUAUUUUUUUCCUUCUAGGAAAACUUUUUGUUUAAAUUGUUGAACCUCUGAGAAAUAUAAUAUUCUCCUUUU